AUGGACUCGCAUCCUUCCCCCACUAAGCCUAAAUCUUCCAAACAAGCCUGCGAUAACUGUCGUCGCCGAAAGAUCAAAUGCUCUAGAGAGCUUCCAUGCGACAAGUGUCAGCGUCUCCUGCUUUCUUGUUCCUACAGUGACGUUCUCCGACGCAAGGGCCCCAAAUUUCGUACCAUCUAUCCACUUGCGCCUCUCCACCCGCUGGUAUUUCGCCAACAACGGAACCUUCACCAGCACUCGCAACAAUACCCUCAAGAAAAACAAUGGACCCCUGGUACUGUGGCUCAUCCAUUGGCAAGAUCGCCAAUUUCGCCAGCCUUCACUUUGACGGACUCUCAAUACCUGCCUAAUGAUGUCUUGGAACCGUUGACGCAGCUCCCUCCCCCGGAGCUAGUCUCAUCGCCUGACUCGACAAAUUCUCUCUCGGACACAACAAACGGUAUCAUCCGUCCCUAUUUGAGGCGUCUCACUGCUCCAAUACUGUUAGCCCACGUCAACGUUUACUUGAAAUACUUAUUCCCCAUCAUGCCAGUUGUGCGAAGGCAAGAGCUCCAGCGAGACUGUCAUCGUCUAGAGCUAUUGUCGUCGCAGAGGUAUGCAUUCCUGGCAUCAUUAUGCGCGGCCACGCAUAUCCAGCUCAAGUUAGACGGAACAUCACCUGUUCCUGAUCCCUUGCAUCUCCCCACUGGAGCCGAAGGACACUCGUGCAUGUCUGGAGAGGAGCUGCUGUGCGAGGCUGUGCAGGCGAGGAAAGACUGCGAUGUAGUGGAAGAUCUGAACAUGGAUAGUCUUCUGACAUCCUUCUUCCUCUUUGCUUCGUACGGCAACCUAGACCAACAGGACCAUGCAUGGUUUUACCUGUGCCAGGCUACAUCUAUGGUCUUUACUUUAGGGCUCAACCGCGAGUCAACAUACGCUGAAUUGAGUGUUGAAGAAGCCGAGGAACGGCGGAGGGUUUUCUGGCUAUUAUUUGUGACAGAAAGGGGCUAUGCACUUCAACAGGCAAAGCCGGUAAUGCUACGCAACUCAAUCCAUAAACCUCAAGUUCUCUGCUCGGAAGAUCCAAUUCUCGCGUACGGAUUCAUCAAUCUCAUCAGUGUUUUCGAAAAACUGACUGUCAAUCUCUACGAUUGGAUCUCGGCUGGUGGCGUGGACAGUUGCUCUGAAAUUCCGCCCACUGCUGCCAUACAGUCUAGGCUCUGCAAAGCGGUAUCCCUUGACGGGGUGUCAGAGAUUCAGAAGGUUGAUAUUCUCAUCACUCAGCAGUGGCUGCAGGCUAUGAUGUGGAAGCUCUCCAUGAUCCACCCCACGCAGCCUGGUUCUCGCGAUGAUGCGGUCCUCCCAUUUCAUCUACCCGUUGUGGUGGGAAAGGCCGUUAUGAACGUCAUCAGCGCCGCGUCCCAGGACGCUGUGGACGCCCACGGGAUUGGCAUGGAACAAAAGCUCUUCGAUCUAGGCACCGCCGUCGCCGACGUCGCGCGAUCUAUAGGCUCAGGCUCCAAACUCGCUCCCCGACGCACCGAGUCAGCUGCCGACCCCCGUGAACUCCUCUGGGGAAUCCUCACCACCCUCUCCCGCAUUCGAGGCUCCCAGUCUCAUCUCUUCCCUGCGUUAAUUGAGUGCUGCAAAGGUGCCCUCGACUUCACCUGUCCACUCUCCAUGGGCGACUUCCUUGCUCUACCUGCUCCAUCCGGUCUUGACAUUGUCGCCUCCUUGCCGGAUGGCCUCGCUAUCCGAGAUCACCAGGACUCUGACGAAGUUGAUACGCUCUCGCAAAUUCUGUCUCUGGCUUCGCAGGUGAAAUUCCAGGUUGGAAAUGGAGGAUGUGGCAGUGCUGUGGCACCUGGUUUUAACGAAACGAUUCGCAACAACCCGAAAAUAUAUCAUAGGGAGGAUGCGUAA